UGCCGCCUCAGAAGUUGGGGCCGGCCGCGGGCGGAGGGAGCGCGAUGCCCGGCGGUGCCGCCGCCGCCGCCGCGGCGGCCGCUCGCUGAGGCGCUCCCAUGGUGCCGGCGCCCGCCGGAGGGGGCCGCGCCCGCCGCGCCGCCGAAACUUGGGGGGAAGUUUCUGAGCGAGUCGGUGCUGGGAUGGCUGGAGAAGGUCACGAUUUGCAGUUGAGCUGAGGGAGGCGUGAAGCAUCAUCCAUCCCCUGCUGACAUUUGAGCUCAUAGAACAGCUGACAUCUGGAUUCACUUUCUAAGCUAUGAAAGGACUACAGACUUUGAGGGCUUGGGGUUGUUUCUUCUGUGACUAAAUCACCCUGGAUCAAUUUAUAUUCAGAGCUAACUGGUUGAAUCAGAGGUAUGGAUCUUUGGAAUCUUCUGUUUACUUUGGCACUGGUCUGUGCAAAUGACUCAUUUUCUGCAAGUGAUGACCUUUUGCGGUGGCCACAAAUCAGCAAGUGCAGAUCACCUGAACUGGAGACAUUUUCAUGUUAUUGGACUGACGGAAAUUUUUAUAACCUCACUGCUCCAGGAACAAUACAACUAUUGUACAUGAAAAGGAAUGAUGAAGACUGGAAAGAAUGCCCUGAUUAUAUCACUGCAGGAGAAAAUAGCUGUUAUUUCAACACAUCCUACACCUCUAUUUGGAUACCAUAUUGUGUUAAGCUUGCCAAUAAAGAUGAAGUAUUUGAUGAAAAAUGUUUCAGCGUUGAUGAAAUAGUACUGCCUGAUCCCCCUGUCCACCUUAACUGGACUCUGCUAAAUACUAGUCAGACUGGGAUCCAUGGGGAUAUCCAAGUAAGAUGGGAUCCACCACCAACAGCAGAUGUUCAGAAGGGAUGGAUUACUCUGGAGUAUGAAUUGCAGUACAAAGAAGUUAAUGAGACAAAAUGGAAGGAGUUAGAACCCAGGCUCUCAACAAUGGUUCCACUGUACUCUCUGAAGAUGGGAAGAGAUUAUGAGAUACGAGUACGAUCAAGACAACGUACCUCUGAAAAAUUUGGGGAGUUCAGUGAAAUCCUUUAUGUAUCUUUUUCUCAAACAGGCGUUGAAUUUGUUCAUUGUGCUGAAGAAAUUGAGUUUCCAUGGUUCUUAGUUGUUGUCUUCGGAGCAUGUGGGCUGGCCGUAACAGUGAUCUUAAUCCUGCUGUCUAAACAACCAAGGUUAAAAAUGCUUAUUUUUCCUCCUGUGCCAGUUCCAAAGAUUAAAGGGAUUGACCCAGAUCUCUUGAAGAAAGGAAAGCUAGAUGAAGUUAAUUCCAUCUUAGCCAGCCAUGACAACUACAAGACACAGCUAUAUGAUGAUGACUUGUGGGUUGAGUUUAUUGAGUUGGACAUAGAAGACCCUGAUGAAAAGAAUAGAGUCUCGGAUACCGACAGGCUCCUGAGUGAAGAUCAUCUGAAAUCACACAGUUGCUUGGGAGCGAAGGAUGAUGAUUCUGGACGAGCCAGUUGUUGUGAACCAGAUAUUCCAGAGACAGACUUCAGUGCAAGCGACACAUGUGAUGCCAUCUCUGAUAUUGAUCAGUUCAAAAAGGUAACUGAAGAAGAAGAGGAUCUUUUGUGCCUUGAUAGAAAAGAUAAUGAUGAGUCACUUCCAAGCCUUGCCGACACAGACACCCAACAUCUGCAUAUGAGUACUCAGUCUGAAAAUAGCCAGCCAUGGCCACCUUUUGCAGACAGCAUUGACUCAGCUAGUCCAUCGGUCCAUACCCAGCUAAGUAACCAGAAUUCAUUGACAAAUACUGACUUCUACGCGCAAGUGAGUGAUAUUACUCCAGCAGGCAGUGUUGUACUUUCACCAGGGCAGAAAUCCAAGGUGGGGAGAGCACAGUUUGAAGGCUGCACGGAACAAAACUUCACCAUGAACAACGCCUACUUCUGUGAGGCAGAUGUGAAAAAAUGUAUUGCUGUGGCUUCCCACGAAGAGGAUGAGCCGCAUGUUCAGGAGCAAAGCUGUAACGAGGAUGCUUACUUCACCACAGAGAGCCUUACCACUACCGCUGUCAAUCUUGGAGCUUCAACAGCAGAAACCCCAAGUUCAGAGAUGCCUGUCCCAGACUAUACGUCUAUUCAUAUCGUUCACUCUCCACAAGGCCUUGUGCUUGAUGCAACUGCACUGCCUAUGCCAGACAAGGAGUUCAACAUGUCUUGUGGCUAUGUGAGCACAGACCAGCUGAACAAAAUCAUGCCAUAGAUCUUCGUUGACUAGAUGUGUGCAGUUAUUUCACAGCAGAGUCAGCUUGGGCUUGUAUGCUGAAACCAAAAUGAAGUCUAAAAGUUUCUCGUGGUUCUUAUAAUUUUAUCUGAAAUGUUGCAACAUAAAAUAUUCAUCAAAAUAUUCCUAUUGUGUUCUGUAAAUAUCUAUGAAUUUGUCUUGAGACUGUUUUACUAGCAGUGACUGUAUUGUUCUUGUGGGUGUUGAUUUUUGUGAUACUAAACAUUGAAAUUACUAUGUUUAAUGUAGUAAAUCUUGCAUUUUGAUAAAGCUAAAAAUCAGGUGGUUUAAAGUCUAAGAAUUUAGUAAAAACUGUGCUGUUGGCAGAGAUCUUUAUAUCAAUAAUUGGGAACUCAACAUACAGGUGAAAAAACAAAAGUAGCUUGAAUAAAUAACACAUCUAUUUUGAUUUAUAUAAACUAAUAAAAUAUAUUUUAAUAUUUUAGUCAUAAACAUAAACAUUUUUUAUUACACUACACACUGUAGUUCAAUUAUGAUGACCCAUCUAAGGAAUGUAAUUGCUGCAAUCUUAAAAAGGAGUUUUCUGUUUUAUAAGACUUCUGUUCGCAGCAAAAAGAAAAAAAAGAUUUUUACAGAGCCAUUUUAUACCUCCAAAGAAACCUGUAGAGAAAUUUUAAAAUAUUGUAGAAAAUUAAAGUAACUGAUUCUAUUACUUUCUUAUGGUAACUAAUACAGAAAUACACAUUCAGUUUAAAGUUUUGUAGAAAACUUUAAAAUAUAUAAAAUAUACAACAUAUUUGGGCAAAUUAUUCUGUUCUUCAUCAGAUUGUCGUUAAUGCUAAUAAUAUACUUUUUUAUGAGCAAAAUUUUGUUGACCACAGUAUUAAACAGUAUGCAACUAUACUUUCAAUGAAAAUUUUUGAGAACACAUGGAUAAGGUCCGGUGACUUAGCAGCAUAAUCUCUUCACAUUUGACCAACUUCUGAAGCCCUCCUACAGCCAAAGGUAUCACUACACUUACUAGUUUGCACCACAUAAAGUCUUGAUUAAAAAAAUAAAAUCAGGACUUCAGGAGUUAGCCAGCAGUUCAUUUUUAGAGAUAUAAUAAGAUUAAAAGACUUCAGUGGAACAAGGGAAUUGAAUACAGUAUUGUUCAAAAGUGGUUUUUGGUUUUGCAGCCUAACAGCAUCUCCUCUGACUGCGUUAGGCAGACUUUCAGAAGGAAAGGAGAAAAACCUGAAACUCAGUGGGAAAGCUCUCUUUGUUCUUACGUAUAUUAAGAACUUGAUGGAGCUGUGCAAUGAACAAUUAUUGCUUCAGAAGUUACCUUCCUGGGUCAUGGUUUCAUCAUAGCAAGGUUUUUCUUAGAAAGCAGAUAGGGAGGUUUAUUCCUUUUCUGUGACCUGAACAGAAGUGUAUGAAGUGCAGCGAACGCAGGUCUUGCUUAUGAUGUCUCUCACUGAUGCUCUGUUUGUGACCAAGGGCUACAGGACUGGGCCCAACUAUUGGGUGGGAUUUUUAAGUUUAGCACGUACUUUAUGGUAAAUGUGCAUUAGAUAUUCUGCUAAUUUGCUGCUAUAUUUUUCUAACAGCUACAUUAUUUAGUUUCAUAUAAAAUUUCAUAGAUGAUAGACACUAAUGCAAGUAAUGCCUAUGUGUGUGUUUGGAAGAAGUUUCUUACUCUGUUUCUAUUGCCAAAAAUAGUUAAAUACCUCAAUCAAACUCAGAAUGUCAUUUUGGUACUUUACUGGUCACACAAGUGUUAUAUGCCGGUCAGAAGAUGUCAUUCAGUUUCUAUUUAACUUUCCUUAUGUCAGUGUUUUGUUUGUUUUCUCUAAGUUUAAUAAAUGUAUUGUCUUUGA